ACUCAUCUCUCUUCUGCACGCAGAUCGUUUCUAUGAUUAACCUGUUCAAAGCAGAAAUAUUUUGCGCUGACAUUGUACUGAAAUGAUGAUUACGUGCAUUUCGUACCCCUACACCACGCAUUAACAAUCGUAGAUAUAGUGUAUUUAAAACGUGUCUCCAUGUGUCGGUGUGGGUGAAUAAACUAUCUAUUUAAUGAGUAAUAUAGUAGUUAUUUAUGGCGCUGAAACUCGUUUUUUAACUUUUCUUCGUGGACAUGGAAGAAUUCGUGCUUCUGGAAAAAGAGCUAUCGGCAUCUAGUGACUGCGUGAACUACGUACAACCUCUCCUUGACGACCGUGCUUCGGGCAUCCUGCAUCCUUACGGCGGAAGGAUGCCUCCUGCCGACCACCGCGACGCCUUUGCAUCCGGGUCGAGUUCAUCCCAAGUGGGCCAUGAAGAAUCUGUGGAUGGUGAAGGAAUCUUUUUGGCAGACGACGAACUCGAUCAAGAUAUUCCAGCACGUUUCGACUUAACUUUCUCCACUGGCCACGUCAAUGGAGCGACAUCAACCUAUGCUUCGUCAGGUCCCAUUCUUCGUCAGGUUCCUGAUUCUUUCGAUCAUCGUCCCUCGAUGUUAUGUAGUAACUCUAGUUCGGAAUCUGUCUCAAAUUUUCAUCAACAGAUGGAUGAACCAAAUUUCCAUGAAGACUCGGAUAUCGGUCCUUCUCCUGGCUUCGGUAACAUCGAUGAACCCAAACCCCCCAUGGAUGGCAUAGAUGUUCGCGCCAUGCCUCCUCCGUCGUGGAAGAAGGAGACAUCGAAGUGUAAGAUUCAGAACAAGAAGGUGUUUAUUAGACCAAACGCUGAUUUUUACCUCAAAUUUUCUGGGUUGCGUCAAUUUUUCGAGGCUACAGAAAUCUUUAUCGAGAGUAAAUAUCAGGAGUCAAGCAGUUUCGGUACUAGCGUCAUGUCGUGUGAGAAUCACUUUAAAAAACACGUCGACUUGUGCAAGAUGGAACAUGACCAUCGAGCGUUUUUUUGCGCCCAUGGAAUGCUGAAAGUCUACAGCGAGUGUGACACACCCAAAUGUUUCACCCCUCUGUCGAAUGUGAUGAAGUUAGAACAGAACGAGCCAGACUACUACGUCACUUACGACAUGAAACUUACGCCUUUGUGUCGUAAUUCUUGUGACCAUCAUAAGGAGAACGGCAAGGCCAUCACUCUUGUCGUACACCUGCUAAACCCGUUGGCUGAGGGGAACAGGAAGGAGUAUAGCUUUGAGUUUAGUAUCACGUGUAGCGAGUCGCCGACACGGGACAGCAAGCCGCCGGUCCCGAAGAAGCGGAAAAAAUCUCGCACGUAUUCCGGCGAAGCGCCUUUCAUGACUCCUCCAUUGUCGAUGUCUCCGACUUCUGCUGACUGUUCUCUUGACAAAAAAUUCACUAUAAUGGUUCCUGUUGUGAACUCCGAUCAAGUCCUUGCAGCUAUGCAGCUUCUGAGAGCCGCAGGGCUCAGUCCUCGAGUGUGGGAGCAUCGCAGUGACUUUUGACUUGUGUUAUGGGUUGCCAUAACUGACUUGACUUCUUGUAAAGUGACAGCACUGAAAUGUACUACACGCUUGACUGUCUAUCCGCUUUGACUAUUCAGUUAGACUUAUGACAUUUGACUCUUUAUUAUUCCGAUGAUUGUUCCUUUUCAUUCGAGAUCGCAUGCGAUCUGAAUUUAAAGCAAGAACAUGAAAUUUACAUCAGAAAUAAAAAAUAAAAAAAACUAUGAUGAAAUGAACAGCGAUAGAUUUGGUAAAGGUUUACUAUAACUGUGGACCUGCCAAAAUCUACGUUAUUUAGCCUACACAGGUUUUGAACUGUGUUGUGCAAAUAACAUUCAUGUUUACAUCCUAAGCAGCUAAACCCUACGUCGGCGUGGAGAGAGGUUAGUUUUCUCUUUUAUGUACAAUAUCUGUACUGAUACCGGAAAUAUCGGUGACGAGAAAGAUCGCCAAUGACGUUGGCUAAUCUGGGUGGACAUGCAUUUAUAAAAGGUUGCGUAUUGUAAUUAUAAACCAAUAUGUACUGUAAGCUGAUUAGCUCCUACGUUACACAUUUGCCACCCUGUUUGUAUUUACCUCACUAAAAUGUUUUUCUUUUGCCUCAUCACGAUGUACCAUAUUUACCUCACUACAACGCUUUUCUUUUACCUCACUACAACGAUUCCGCCUCACUAUCAUGUAUUUGCAACAUCUUCCUGUACUCGCCUCUUUGUCAUACUUUGCUUUCAUUUUAUGCUCCAUGCCAUUUCGCCUCCCAGAUUCGCCAGCGUCCCUGGUAAAUCUUUUUUCGCAGAUUGCGGUGCAUUGCGAAGAGAACCACCAAUCCAACCCCCGAGCCUGUGCGGAUGUAUGUACAGAAUGUUAUGUUUGGAUUGAAGAAUUGUUAUUUGUAGUCACAUGCUCACUGUAGAGCUCACGUGACCACCUGAUAACUUUUUGCCGUCCGUUAUCGUUUGCAGCAUUGAUGGAAUGCUAAUGCCUUACGAAUUUCUGAAACUCAGUGAGAUUCAAAGAAAAAAUUCGUUGACUAUAAGUUCUAUGGCGGUCAUGAAUUCGAGUUUACGUCUGCAAUGGCAAAACAAGCGUAACACUUGGAUGGUGACAGGCUUAUGGACAUGUCCCGUAUUAUUUCUGGGCAUUCAUUGCGAUGUCGGUGGCAAGUACCGUACCUACCUGCUCUCAAGGCAGACUGUAGGUACCGUACAGAAAGUUAUCAGGUAUCUCCUUCGCUAUCCUGCAGCCACAUCGCGCUCACAGUGGAAGAUCGUGCGGAAUACACGACCGCUAAAUGAUCUGCAGCGAUGAUGGUUUAAUUCCUACCAGCACUUUUAUAAGGGCGUGUGACAUUGAUUAUGGCGUGUCAAAUUUAUUAUGGCACUUUUAUCAUGGCGUGUAUCAAAUUCCCCUGAAUUUUACGGCUACCGUGUCUACACGGGAACUUAAACGGAUAAAAGUACAAAGCCCUUCACUAGUUAGCUAAACAGUUCAGAGGCGCUAGCAUUAGGUCAUUUCAACAAUUCAUUGAAAGGAGCCAACCAAUGUAAUAUUCUAGCAGAUGUGGAAUUUAUUUUUUUUAGUUUUCAGAGUAACUAACAACGUGACAAAUGCGAGUGAUGGCUUUCUAGUUCUCGAUUAGCAUCAUACAAAUCUGCUCUGGAAGAUAAUAAUCGGCUCAAUUAUUCAAGUAAUUGAUCUCAGUUGUGGGCUCAAUGCUUGAUACUUGAGACAAUGGUUGGUAUAAUUCUAUAUGUCUUAUAUACAUUGGGGCUUUCAAAGUCGAACCAAACUUGUAUGUAAAAAUCAAUUUGAGAAACUUGUGAUUUACUAGGUAGUGGUUAAAAUUCGUCAUUCGCAUUUUUCAUAUUCAUUCUUACUCAACUGAUAUUGUUUUGCACUCAUGAGCAUAGAUGUGUCAAAUCUAUCUUAUACUAUCUGCUAAUUAGUAUUAGGUUUCAGAAUGCACGAAUACACGCUGCAAAUCUCUAUAUUCGAGUGUGCUGAACUAUUGCCUAUUUCUUCAAUGCCGACACUUCUAUUCCAUUCUAGACUGUACCACUCAGCAGCCUGCGAAAACUGCAGUAUUGCUUUGGUGUCUGAAUGCCUUCCUGUCAAGCAUCAGUCAUUGAUUAUAUGAGUGAUUUGUUAAAUACGAUGUUAGCUAUAUAUUCGCGCGCUCAUUUUUUGAUUUCAGUGAACACAUGAUCACACAUUUGCGGUGUGACUCAAGUUCUGACGAAUUUUAUAACUUAAAAUUUGUGAUCAGUCCUGAAUGGAAUUGAAUAACCGCAUGUAUCAAAGCUAUUCGCACACCUGCUCGAAUGAUUAUUUAAAAGAAAAUUGCAAAAUGCACAUCACGUUAAGGAAAAACGGUAUUUUUUGCACGGACGAUUCCUUGGUAGUUUUUUUUCCAUCAAAAGGCGAUUUGAUGUUUUGUCACACAAAACUGCGUUUGAUGAAUGUGAGGUAUUUAUACUCCAAACUGUGCCUUAUUCUUUAUUUGAUAAGGAACAUAUAAUUGGAACAGAAUCAAGUAGUAUUUAAGCAUCGGAAGCGUAGCAUCAGUUCAUGCCGUACAGACUUUUUUCAUUUAGCAGAAAAUGAUGCGGUUGGCUGCUAAUAAAAAUUAUGUAGGAUUUCUUAAGAAACGUUGGGUCCAAAGCAGAAUCUGUGAUCGGCUUACAAAAAGCUGAAUUGAAGCGUAGGAAUUUGUGUUUCAUAGUUUUCAAUUUUUAUAACUGUUUCUGCAAAAUUUAAUUAUUCUGAUAUUUUAUGAUCUAUAAUGUUAGUGUUUUACAGACGUAUAUGCAGUAUUUACUACUUACUAGAAAUAAAAGCGUUGUCCACGAAUAUCCUUCAUAAAGAAUAUACCUAUACGACUUUUUUUAUAAAAUAUGAAUAUGUAUAAGCGUUGUGUUUACGUGAUAGCUCCGUUUAAAAUUAAGAGAUUUGAUUAUAGUAUUCUAUUACAAUCUUUUGAUUACGAGUCAAGACUAUUAAAUACGAUUUUCAAAUUCUUUCUUCAGAAAUAGAAGCAUCUCGAUAGGAGCAUAACCCGAACUCCUGUGCAUUUGAUGUGAUCUAAACGUAAAAUAAUGUUUUCCAAUAGUUACUUCGAUCGAAAUUAAUUAUAAAAAGUUCAGAAAAGGCACAGUUCGAUGAACACCAGUAAAUAUGAUAAAAUGUACUCAAGUCAAUAUUCUUGUUCAUUAUCAAUUCUGCGCCAGGUUUUCUGCAGUUACUCAAAUCAAAGAGCAACAGAAAUCAAAAUGCGUUAUUUUGUAGCAAGCUUGCGUUUGGAAAGUUCAUCAAAACAGGCCUUCAAAAGUGUUUCUAGGUUGUUCAUGCAGCUCUUCUGAGCGCCUGAUGCUAUCUUACUGCCAAUUUUCUAUGUCGAGUCACGUUUCAAACUGUGUGCGUUUAUAUGUAUCAUAAAUAAUGCGUUAUAAUACAUUGAAGAUCCUAGCUCAAUUAAUCGAAUUAUUUCCGCGCAUCUUUCGUCCUCCAAUCAUAAUGUAAAAAAUAUCAUGCAGCUGGACCAGCGAGUAGGACAGCCGACACAACUUCUCACAGGCAUGGAUUGGCUACUGUUGGCCAGAAAUAAACUUUUGUAUCGUGGUUACUAUUUUCUUAAUUCAUCGUGAUGUCAGUUCAAAUUAAAAUAAAAUGAUUGGUACUC